AUGGAGCAGUCCGGCCAAACCGCAAGUGCUGGUGGCAAUAUUAAGCCAAUUAACCGACAGUCCAUACAUCGAAUAUGCUCUGGCCAGGUUAUAUUGGACUUAGCCACUGCAAUCAAGGAGCUUGUCGAGAACGCGCUGGAUGCUGGUGCCACAAACAUCGAAGUACGGCUUCGGGAGUACGGCUCCGCAAUGGUUGAGGUGGCCGACAACGGGCGCGGCGUACCUCCCGCCGACUACCAGGCGCUCACCCUCAAGUAUCACACCUCCAAAAUCACCUCCUUUGACGACCUGACGUCAGUGAACACGUACGGCUUUCGCGGGGAAGCGCUCAGCUCGCUGUGCGCAGUUUCGGAGCUGUCGGUCGUAACGCGUACGGCGGACCAGGCUGCAGGAGUACGACUCGAGUACGACCACGAGGGCUUGUUGACCAAGCAGUCUCCCACGCCGCGUGCUGUGGGCACCACAGUGGCGGUUAAGAAUCUGUUUGCAACCAUGCCUGUACGACACAAGGAGUUCCUACGCAACCUGAAACGCGACUUUGCUCGUGCCGUGGCUGUUCUCCAAGCCUACGCCCUCAUCGCCACGCACGCGCGGCUCAUCGUCACGAAUCAGGCGGGGAAGGCCACGGCGCGGACCACGGUCUUCACAACCACCGCGCCAGCAGCGGAGCUGGCGGCGUUGCGGGAUAAUGUUGUGGCGGUGUUUGGCGGCAAACAGCUUCACUCGGUCGUGGUUCGUCUUUCCCCCCGCUUGUCCAUCUUUGUCCUCAUCCUUUACCCCUCGCCUGUUCGCAGCUGGGUAUCGCGCGCGGGGUGCGGGCUGCGAGGGGACGCCUCCCGUCAGUUCUUCUUUCUCAAUGGCAGGCCUGUGGACCUGCCCAAGGCGGCGCGCAUCCUCAACGACUCGUUCAAGUCGCUGUCAUCGCCCGCGCACGCCGCUGCGUGUCGUCCCAUGGCGGUUGUGGCGGUUAACCUGGCGGCAUCUGACGUGGACGUGAACGUAACGCCCGACAAGCGGCGCGUCUUCAUGGCGGCGGAAGACAGGUUGUGCUCACUGCUGCAACAGGUGAUUGGGAGGAUAGUGGUGGCGGCGGCGGCGCGGCCGGGGUGA